UCGUGGGCAAUACAGACAAAAAUGAAUGCAUGGACGGCAUAAACUGGGAGUGUAUUUUACUAUGGAAAGCAUUGUGAACUCAUUCAAAUACGUGUCUUCCUUCACGAAUCGCCAUGGUUCUGACGAAAUCGGCUGGGGACCCGUGUGGUUUCAACAACGGCGAGACCUUCGAGCCGAUUUUCACCAACAAAGUAUUGCCCUGUACCUCUGCAUGUCCACUUUGGGUCUCACCUUCAUUUUGGGCGUACUCACAGCGCGAAGGCGUCGGGUGCCGACCUUGAUCUUGGGCACACUGGUGCUGACGACGACCUUUGUGCUGAUUGAGGCGUUCCUCGUUCCGGAGUGGUACGUGGGUCAGACGAAAUUGACCUGCAGUUAUUGCAUUUACAAGCCCCAUUUGAAGGUCAAGGGGAGCCUGGGGCUACAUGUUGGUUUGGAUCAUUUUAAUAUUACCUUCAUAGCCGAUGAUUUGUUUAAUGUGUACUUCAACGACGAAUUCCCAUUGACCUAUGGUGGUAGGCGUGGUUUGGAAGAAGAAUACCGCCUCUUGGCCAUCCAAAAAGGACUGCCCAACCCGGUCAUCACGGUGGCUGAGUACUUGGAUCAACGUGGAGGUGCUUUUCAAUGGGGAGCGUCGUUCUCAGCCGCAGGAUAUUUCACUUCGGUCAUUCUAUGUUUCGCCAUGACCACUCAUUCCGUCUCCUUGGUGUUGCUGGUUCUCAUUCCUAGUCACGGUUUGAGAGUUACGGGUAUCACUGGAUUGCUCAUGAUGACAGCGACCUUAAUCUAUGCCACCCUGUUGCCAUCGACCGCGUUGCCCAUCUUCAUUGACGGUGUACCGCUCCAAUUCGGAAUGGGCAGAUGCUUCAUCAGUGUGUUUGUCUUGGGCCUGUUGAACUCACUCAUGGCCUUGUCCACACUAAUCCUGCGCAAUUUCCAGCUUGGCGUGACUUUGUCCACGUUCUUGGAACUCAACUACGACACGCCCUGGGAUAAUAAGAAGCUUAAGGCCGAUUCUGAAGCAAGAAGAGAAGCAAAUUUAACCCGAUUAUUUGUGGACUCCCGAUUGAGACCCUCGAUCCGCCGAUUUCGCAAUUCCUUCCGGCACAGUCGCCGAUCCAAAAGCCAAGACCCUAAGCAUACCUUUGACGUGGAGGAAUCGCGCGCCAAGACUCUUUUGGAAGUGACCAACCCUUGUCCCAUGGAUCAGGUGGAUCUCAUACCGGCUUUUCUUGAUCCUAAUGGGCACUGCAAGAAAGAAACUUCCAGGUCUAAGAGUGGGGACACUCUUCAAGCGCAAAUUCGGGUUCGGAGCCUUUCUGAGAUUAAGUACACGGAUGAAAUCAACGCCUACCUUUGAGGUGAUCAAUAGAGAUUUGGAAUCGAGAUGAUGUUGUCUCGAAGCCAUCCCAAUUCAUACCUUAUUGUGAAUAUUGAUACUUCCAUUGCUUUUGCUUCUCUUCAACUGACAUUAAUAAAACAAUAAUGAUAAUAAUGA